CGCUCCCGGGGGACCGGCCGCAGCUCUUCCACCUCCGUCAUCCGGUCAGAGAUCCUCCCGGUGGUCGGUGCCUGUUAACGGUCAGCUAACGGUCAGCCAACGGUCAGCUAACUGACAGCCAACGGUCAGCUAACGGCUAAGUGACAGCCUAACGUCUAGGGGUGGAUCUCUGCUCUCCUUAAAAGUGUGAACAAUUUCAAAGUGAGGACAUUUACUCCCAUCCUCCUGCACUCCUCAUUGCUCGCUCGGCCUGUCUCUCAACAUGAUUUCUGAUAAUGACGUGCUGGUAAAAGAAUACGUCAAGAUGAUGACUGAUAUGAUCGUGUUGUGUGCCACUUUGGCACUUUCCCUCUCCUUCUGGGUCCUUUCCCUCGUCAUCAGCACCUACUCCGGAACACUGCAUCCUGUGUCACCGUGGCGAUGGUUGUUCUCCAUCUUGGUUCCCGUUGUCCUGACGAUCAGAGCGCUGAACAGACGCAGUCUGAGCUACUCGGGAGCUAUGGGAGCUCUCCUCGUAGGUUUUGUGCUGACGAUGGCCAACUACAGCUUCUUCUCCUCUCUGCUGGCCUUCUUCAUCACCUCCUCCAAACUGACCCGCUGGGGAGCAGCGCAGAAGAAGAAAAUAGACCCCGACUACAAAGAAGGGGGCCAGAGGAACUGGAUUCAGGUCUUCUGUAACGGAGGAGUUCCUACAGAGCUUGCGCUACUUUAUAUGAUCGAGGUGGGUCCAGGUGAGAUCCCCAUUGAUUUCAGCAAACAGUACUCGGCCUCCUGGAUGUGCCUGUCUCUGCUGGGCGCGAUCGCAUGCAGCGCCGGGGACACCUGGGCGUCGGAGGUGGGGCCCAUCCUCAGCCCAUCACAGCCUAAACUCAUCACCACCUGGAAGGAAGUCCCAGUAGGAACGAACGGAGGAGUCACAAACGUCGGAUUGGUCGCCAGCUUUCUCGGCGGUCUCGCAGUGGGUGCAGCUUACUAUGUAACACAGCUUCUAUUGGUCGAGGACCUGAACCUGGCAGACCCCCAGUGGCCAAUCAUGAUGUAUGGCGGCGUGGCUGGCCUGCUGGGAUCAAUGCUGGACUCUUUCCUGGGAGCUCACAUGCAAUACUCAGGCUUUGACGCGAGCAUCGGGAAGGUUGUGGGUUACGAGUCCGCCACCACCCAACGGAUCUGUGGGAAACCUAUCUUAGACAACAACGCAGUCAACCUGUUCUCCUCCGUUCUCGUCGCACUCGUCUUGCCCGGGCUGGCAUGGGGUAUGUGGCCACGAUAGACUGACGACAGAUGAACAACACAGAUCCAGACGACUGAUCUGAGACCGACUGCUGAUUAAGACAUUUGAGUAAUCUGUAUUAUUACAUGUUGGACAUGAAUAUACAGAUGCUGCGGAUAUGAUGGAGAGGAAAAUAAAUAUUUACUGAUGAAAACGUU